AUGGAUCCCAUGGCAGAUGGUACGAUCGGUGAGGCCCCGACAAGGUGGGAACCAGCGUAUCCGCUGGUGAGGGAGCUGGGCAAAAGUAUAACGACACAGAACGGAGAGCUGAAGCUGCUUUUUGCGAAAGCGCACGCCCUGGCGGAGGUAGCUGAUAAAAUUCGCAGCGAAGCCAACAAGAUUGCGAUCGAUGACAUUUUGUCGGUGAUCUCGGCCCUAAAAGGUAGCAGGGACAAUGUGUCCAGGGCAUACUAUGACGCGGCUUCAGCAUUCAAAAACGCGGAAACCAUCGCAGAACACAGAAUGAAGGCGCUACAAAAGCCACACGAGGCAACCACCAGCGACGGCGACAGCGCCCCAUCAUUGGCUAACAACCUGGCCAAGGAAUUCAGCUCGCUGAGAAUGGAGGUGGGGGAGCUUAGAAAAGCUGUAAGGAAACUAGCCGACAAGAAGCCGGAGGAGCAUGCAGGAAUCACGAACCUACAGACGAUGCUGGUGGAGCAGGAUGUAAAGAUGAGCAAAAUGGCAGAGAUGGGGCAGGAGGCCAGUUGGACGGAUGUGGUCAGACGCAAGAACAAGAAGAAUGCUGUUGACGCAAUACCAACACCAGGGACGGCUACCAGCCCACCGCUGGCUGCUAGGCAACAACGAAUCAGGACGCGGCCACCCACAAUUAUGAUAGAUGUUGCUAGCUGCAACGACUUCCCUGCAUUGGCCAAAUGCAUCAAAGAUGGCAUGGAUGGCAAGACCAUUUGCAACGGAAUAACCAGCAUGAAGAAAGCUAAGAACGGCGGAAUACUUAUGGAGGUUCGUGGUGAUGAAGCAGCUGUAGAGGCCAUAAGAUCCGAGGUGGUCAAAUCAGCGGGGCAACAUGUCAGCGUUAGGCUUCUAGGUCAAAAAACAAUGCUCGAAAUCCGUGACAUUGAUGCGUGGACCGACAAAGAAGAUAUCGCUGUUUGCAUCGCAAGAGAGACUCCAAUUGCCAAGGAGAACAUUAACAUUGUCAACUUAAGAGCUUCCUAUGGGGGCACGCAGACAGCAUUGGUACUCCUGCCCACGAGACAAGCACGCGACGUUGUUGAGAAAGGCCGGCUAAAGAUCAGCGUCGUCAGCUGCAGAGUACGACAGGCAGAAAGAAGAAUUGCAAGAUGUUUUAAGUGCCUUGCUCACGGGCACGACACCAAGACAUGCCAGGGAACAGACCGCGGAAAAAAUUGCAGGCGGUGUGGGACAAUAGGGCACUUGGCUAAAGACUGCAAAGCGGAGGCGGCCGAAGCUGCAGCUUUCAAGUCUAUACUGGAGAAGGAGUCGAUGGAGGCCCGGACAGGAACCGGGGAAAGCGAGGCAUCGUCAUCUGGUAGUGAUCUGCAAUGA